AUGAAUUUUUCACCGUUCGGGACACACUUUCCCGGUGCGAUACCGGGAAUCCAUCAGUUCGCCAGCUCGGGACUGGUAACGAGCGUACCGACGACUUCACACGACUCCACCAAUCGAUACCAUUCCAUCAAUUCGAACGUCAACAUGGCCCACUUCAACCAAAGCCAUGCUCCAAUUCUGGGCAAGUUCCAUCGGGACAGUCAGGAGUCGGGCGGAAAUGCGGCCGGUGGCGGUGCGGGCUCCAACAAAUACAACGGUCAUUCGGCGGGUUCGGGCAAUGCAUCCAUCCCGACGACAACGACCAGCGGUGGGGCGGGCCAGUACACUAACCCCUACAGUCAGCAUUCGCACGUGGCGGAACACAAACAGCGCAACAUGUACCAUCAGUCGUCCGUCGGCAAUAGUUCAACCGGAGGCAGUAACGGCCAGAGUGCCCAGGAGCUUAGUCAGGACAUCAGCGCGCUGCUGCAGCAGGCGGACAGCAAGCGUGUACUGCAAAACCCGAGCUGGCAAUCGUUAACACCGGGCGCAUCGGUCGCCGACUAUCUGUCCCAUCUGCCGGGCAGUGCACUACCUCUCUCGCUGCACCAUUUCCUGAAAUACUCGGCCGAGAACAUCAAGAAGGAGGCCCAGAAUCCGCUCACCAGUCUCGAUAUGUCACAGGCACAGUCACAGGCGCACGGCACUGGCGGACAUGGGAGCAAUAAUGGUGCGGGAAUGAUUCUGCCUGCAUCGCAGACCAUCGCGAGCAUUCUUGGCCAUCCGGGUCAGCCGUCCCAGCAGCAGCAACAGCACGGCCAACCACAAGCGGGUCUUGGUGGGCACCAGUCGGGCGGGGGUGUUCAAGCAGCAGCGGCUACCUCGUCCACCGGUGGUACCGCAAAUGCUGCUGCCGCAUCCGUAGCCGACGCGACCACCGAUAAGAAGAAGCGGAAGAAGAAGAAGAAACCACCGAAGGAGCGUAAACCCCGCCCCAAGCCGGGUGAAAUCCAGGUGCGGACGGCCCUGGACGGUAGUCUGCUGUUCCUGUGUCCCGAGUGUCAGAUGGCGUACCCGGAGCGGGAACUGCUCGAGCAGCAUUUGAUCGGCCACAAUCUGGAGCGUCGAUUCAUCUGCGACAUUUGCAAUGCGGCACUGAAGCGGAAGGACCAUCUAACGCGCCACAAGCAAAGCCACAACCCGGAACGUCCGUUCGCGUGCACCAUUUGUCUGAAAGCGUUCAAGCGCAAGGAGCAACUGACGCUUCACUUUGUCAUCCAUUCCGGCGAGAAGCGACACGUAUGUCAGGAGUGUGGAAAGGGUUUCUAUCGAAAAGACCACCUAAGAAAGCAUACCCGAUCGCACAUCGCCCGACGAUUGAAAGCGGAGCUGAGCCAACAGCAGGGUGGUAAUGGAACGGAAGCGGGUGCCUCUCCCAGUACCUCUCGAGCCGGACAGAACCAAGCACAAAUCACGGCUGCCGCCCAACAGCAGCAGCAGCAACAAUCGGCACAACAGCAAUCCCCCAUGCAACAACCUCAGCUGACCACCUCAAACCAACAGUUACAGGCACCGCAGUAUCACGCCCUCACGCAAGCACCAGGCCAGUCACAGAUGAUGUCAUAA